AUGGUCAGAGCUUUUGCUCCGCUUCGGGGGAUGAUGAGGGAAGGGAAGGAGGUGGGGGUGGAUAUAGGCAUGAUCAGGAAGAAGAAGGAGAAUAAGGAGAAGGAGAAGAAGAAGAAGAAAGAGGCGAAGGAGGCGGAGUGUAUGAGGAGAGGGUUGAUGCUUAAGAACAAGCAACCUCCCAAACCCCCUCGCACCGCCCAAAGCCCAGCCCCCAACCUCACCCAAGAAGGACAAGUCGACCUCAACAGAAAGAUGAAAGAAGAAGCACAAACCAUAACGCACCAAACACUCUCCACCCUCCCUCCCCUCCCCAACGGCCAACCUUUGAACGCCCAGGCCCGGGCCCAGCUGGAAGCACCCCUCUUCAACGCGAUUUUAAGAGUACUAGGAAAACAGCAAGACAGAGAGUCGAGGGACAGAGGGAUACAGAGUAUCGUACCGACUCUGUUGGGAGGGAAGGGGCCGGAUUUUGAGAGGUAUGAGGAUAAGGUUGAUGGGUGUCCGCUUGGUCAUGUUGACAAGGGAUCAUUGGUGGAGGACAAGACGGAGCUUGGCGAUGAAGCACGUACAGAGAAGGAUCCUAGCCCUCUCGUUCGACACAAAGAUGGUAUCAUCCCCCUUUCCCAAAUAGCAGCCGACAUACCAACCCGCUUCCUCUCCUCCCUCCUCCCCCUCAUGCUCUCCCACCCGCACGGCCAGCUCGUCCAUCUCAAAACCCGAGACGACGUCGAAAAAGCAAUAUACAAAGCCGCCAAAGUCGUGCUGAGAUUGUACAAAGACAAGGAUGUGGGCCAGUUGAGUUUGGUUCCGGUGUUGGUGCUGCCGAUGAGGGAUGGGAUGGAUAUACAGGGGAAGUGGGUGUCGAGUUUGGGGGAGUGGGGGGAUAAGCCUGGGGAUGUGGUUGUUAGUGUGAGGUGUGAGUGA